CGACUUGAUACGAAUAUCCAGUACUGUGACAACUAUCUCCAAUCCUGUCGAUCAACCAUACCCUAGGUUGCGCUUGGCGCAUACCAAUUACCUUGCGACUCCGAUUCGUCAUGUCUACAGCCGACGUCUUCCUGUCAUCUCCCGCAGGUCCUGCUCGAUUUGAUCCCUGCAACAUGUCCUCCUCGCCCGGGUUGCCUUCUCUCGAUGAAAUAUUUGCCAAUGGUUCUAAAAGGCCGCCUUUCCGGGCUGAAAACAACGCAGCACCAAUGCCCGUCAAUGCCCGAACUACAUUUACGAGUGCUGCAAGCCAAUUGCGAGAAGCCCCUGAGAUUGACAUAGAAACAGAAGAAAUUACUAUCUCUCCACCGCGAGCGUCCGAUCCUCGCAAAGCGCAGAAGAAGAAAGUUCUCACAUCGGAAGUUGUUAGCAUAUCAACUGAGGCACCUAUUUUAAUCGAAUCAUCACCGGGGGAAAAACCGUGGCAGAAAUUCGGGAGCAAGAAGCCUGUCUCUCAGGAUAGGCAAUCAUCCACCUCAAAGGGCCGAGUUACAAAGUCAACCGCCAAAGGCAAGUCAAAGGAGAAAUCGGAGACUGUUUCUAAGCACUUUGCUAUUAAGGAGACUGUCGCGAAUUGCACGGAUGACAACUCGAAUAAUGGUACAACAACACACAAAUUGAAGGAUCAGACCUCAAAUGACCCUUAUUGCUUAGAGCCUGCACUAAGGCGACGAAGUGAUUGGACACCACCUCCUGUCGAUAGCCCCAUUCUCCUCGGCUCUGAAUCGGACAGUCGAGAAUUACCUUCGUCUAUUGAUCCUGGGAUGGGAUCGAGGGAUGUAUUUCAAUCCCUCCAAGAUCAAUAUGGACACAAAACUUCUCAGUCGACCUCUACAUCAGAUAAUUCACAGAAAACGGACAUUAUGAAGAAGCGGAAACUGAUUGAGCUCGUCUCCACUAGUAGUGAGAUUGGGCAACGUCCGAAAGAAACGUCUCCGACUAAGGUAGCUGUAACGAAAAAGAAGACGAGGACUAUUACCGAACUAGCAACUGCCCCGUAUAUGAUGCCGAUUGAACCUAGAUUAGAUCUCACGGGGCCGACAACUAAAGAAUCUUUACUCAGCUAUUUUGACGAAGACGGCGCUGUCAAGGCUCUGGUCGAGCACCAAACCGCCGUCAUGUCCCAAAAGAAGGAGAAGGGUAAAGAACCAAAAACAUCCGCGAAACCAAAACGCAAGAAGAAAGCUGGCACAGCAAACAACCCGAUCCUCUUAUCUCCUAGCUCUGCGCUGAAGCAAUCUUCUAACCAGGAUUUCGUUUUUGGGACGUCCAGUCAGUUGGUUAUAGAAGAAUCGCCAACUACACUUAGAAACCUUCAAUUAGCAAUACAGGCCUCAAACAGGGUCGAUUCUGAUCCAUUCGCCGAAUCUGACAGUCAAGGACUUUGGCAUGCGGGUGCAAGAGAUACUGAUGGCGAGCUAAUGAAGAUGGAUGAUAUCGCGCUCAUCGAGGACAUACCUUCACCCCCACGACUUCGAGGACAAUCGCAACAGCUUCGUGAAGAAUUCACCGACAUAAACGACAUCCUCAAAUCUCCAGAAAUCAGCGAUUCAACAAAAUGGGCCCUACGGCGGAAUAUCAACUCCUUUCAAUCUCAAGAUAUCCCUAGGGCCCAGCUCCCCCAAAUCGAUCAUCAGGAGCAUACAGAGUCGCAACCCACAGGCGAGGCAUCUGAGGUUGAGGUAUCCAAUCCACGACCAAAUUUUGAAUCCCUUACCGACGCGCAGCUUUCCAAGCAAAUAGCAUCCUACGGGUUUAAGCCGGUAAAGAAGCGCCAAGCCAUGAUCGCGCUUCUAGACCAGUGCUGGAGUAGCAAAAGUUCCGGACCUUCGAUACCUCAAUCUAAAUCGAUAUCUACGACAGCCACCACAGCAGCACCUAAGAAGAGGACGAAAAAGACCACUCAACCAGAACCGGAACCAGGCCCGGAACCAGAAAAUCCGCCAAAGCGACGCGGUCGUCCGAGAAAGACUUCAACAACGGAAGCGUCCUCAACAUCAAAGACCCCAGCGCCAAAACCCACCACACCAAAGAAAGCUCGCGGCCGUCCGAAGAAGGACGCCCCAAAACCAAUAGAAAUCGCAGACUCCGACGACGACGACCCCGCAUCACCCUCGUCCUCGAGGCCGUCCUCACCCGACCAAGACCGCAUCUUCUCCUCCCCACCCGCAGUCGACCUAUCCCUCUCCGAAGACGCAGACCUGUCCCUCGCACUAUCACCAACAGACCCAACGGACCAGCAAACCGAGCUAUUCAAACACAUCACACGAGCCGUGACGUCGGCGCCCAGGUCAAAAGACCCCGCUAAUCCAUCCUGGCACGAGAAGAUGCUGCUAUACGAUCCGAUCGUACUGGAGGACUUGGCGGCUUGGCUGAAUGCGGGCGUGUUGAGCGAGGUCGGGUAUGAUGCUGAAGUGAGCCCCAGCGAUGUCAAGAGGUGGUGCGAGUCGAAGAGUGUGAUUUGUCUUUGGAAACAGAAUUUGAGGGGGAAGGAGCGGAAGAGGUAUUGAGUGGGGAGAUUACAUACAUAGAUGCUGCUUACCCCUGAAGAAUAUUUACCUAAAUAUUAUAUAUUUGGGUCACUUUUGGGUCCACGUCAAUAGUGAGUUGUUUAUGAUUAGAGGGUUAAUUAUUGACCUUGAUAAAAAGCAACACUGGACUCGAGUUCUAUGAAUCACC